AUGACGACAUUCGAAUUUGAUGACGUGUCAAAUGAAACCAGUCAGAAUAAAUCUCAUUGCAUCUUCCAAAAUGUUGAAGAUCCAGUUGUUCUCAGUGGUCUCAUAUUAACAUUGAUCGCAUUAAUUCUUGGAUUAAUAAUCAUUUUUAUUAAGAAACUACAUUCUUCAUCCACAAUCAACAGUAUCUUCAUGAUUAUCACCAUGAUAAUUAUUAGUACUGGUUUUGCGUUAUUAAUUUCAUGUGUACGAGUGUAUGAAAUAUUUAUUUCUCUACCUUUGGCUACCGGAUUCACCAUCUUAGCCAUUUUUAUGGGUAUGAAGCUAGAAGAUGUAGAAGAGAAAUUCAAGACGAUCUUGUUCAUGAUAUGUCUUGUAGCUGCAGGAAUUGGAUUCAUUCUCUUUAUUUUAGGGUUGAUAUUUAAAGACCAUGUUUUACAAGGUGAUGCCUGGCUUUGUUGGUGCUGCUCAACGUUUAUUGUGAUUAUAUUCACAACAGAUUAUCUGAAGCGACACCGCAAAGAGGAACAUUUUACUACACUCUACGUUAUUUUCGUAUGGUUUUGUGAAUACUUCAUAAUGAGCGUCAAUUCGGAGUUCUUCUUUAAUUCAGUCCUCGACUGUGGAGUGAAAAACUGA